AUGUUGAAAGUUCUUGAGGAAAUAACUGAUGGAAAUGACACUGAACAUUUGGUAGAGAUUACAAGUGAUAACAACAAUGAAACAACAGAUAAAUAUGUCAACAAUAAAGAUAGUGAUGAGAAUAUGGAAAGUGAAAUUCAGGGAGGAGAUGGAAAUACAGGCACUGAACACUUAGUAAAGUUCACAAGUGACAAUAAUAAUAAAACAGAAGAUAUCUCUAUUCCUGACCAUGGGCAGAAGGAGAAACUUGUGAAAUGUCACGUAAAAUUGCACAUUGGAGAGAAAGCAUUUGAAUGUUCUUAUUGCCAAAAAAGGUUUGCCCGUAAGACCACUUUAAGAGAUCACCUAUAUACGCACACUGGAGAGAAACCUUAUGAAUGUUCUUACUGCAAAAAGAAAUUUACGCAAAAAGGUCACUUAACCAGUCACUUACAAAUACACACAGAAAGGAAGCACUUUCAAUGUUCUUACUGCGAAAAGAUAUUUGCCAGAGAAGACACUUUAGGUCGACAAAUCAGAUUGCAUACUAGAGAGAAGCUAUUUGAAUGUUCUUAUUGCAAAAAAGAAUUUGUCAGCGGAGAAGGUUUAACACAUCACUUAAGAACACAUACUGGAGAGAAACCAUUUGAAUGUUCUUACUGCAAAAAGGAGUUUUCAAAUAAAGGAAAUUUGACACGUCAUUUAAGAGUACACACUGGAGAGAAACCAUUUGAAUGUUCCUACUGCAAAAAGGAGUUUUCACGGAAGGCUAAUUUGAUCUGUCACUUAAGAAUACAUACUGGAGAGAAACCCUUUGAAUGUUCUUAUUGUAAAAAGACGUUUUCACAGAAGGUUAGUUUAACCUUUCAUCUACCAUUACACACUGGCGAGAAGCCCUCUGAAUGUUCUUCAUGGCCAGAAAUUCCGGACAUUUGA